AUGCUUACGGAUCGAGGGAGGCGGAUUUCUCUUUGCAAUGGGACUCUUGAUUAUAGCAACAGAAGAUUCCGCGGCGAUAAUGGUUACGGAUUCGUGGAUCGAUCGAAAGGCUGCCGCGAUUGGAGUCCUUCGAAUCCAUCUUCUUCGAGAAUCCUGCGUAUUUCGUCACCGAACUCGUCUCCACCGUCGCCGCAUUCUUCUUCCGUCUCUCUGAAUUGCUCCUACUCUACCGGCGCUGGCUAUAUCGAACACCAGGUCUCCAAGUUCGAUACUCUCGCCGGCAUUGCCAUAAAAUAUGGUGUUGAGGUUGCAGAUAUAACGAAGCUAAAUGGGCUUGUAACUGAUCUUCAGAUGUUUGCUCUCAAGUCUCUCCGGAUACCAUUACCUGGGAGACAUCCUCCUUCUCCAUGCUUAUCUAACGACUCCUUGAAUCAUGGAGAGGAUUGUUCUGAGCAUCAAGCUUCGUCAUCAGCAAGCAAUGGCAACGUCCAAGACGUAUUUGACUCCUUCCAGUCUUUAAGGUUGAAGCCUCCGGAAACGAAGGUUUCUCCAGCCAUGAACUCAUUGCAAGGUUACUAUGGACUGAAACCAAAAAACAGAAGAGCUUCUGAAGGUUUUGAGAUGGGAGUCUACAAGAAAGAAUCUUCUCAUCUCCAAGACAAUGAUCAGUACCUCACACCUUUACCAGCCACCAGUACUCCUUUGAACCACCACAGAAAAUCUCGAAGCUUGGUGGAUGCAGUUAUCGCCGAGGUCAACCAAUCAUCCGACCUGUCAAUGAGAAGACGUCAAAAAUCUGAAGCCGAUUUUACCUCUCAAACCCCGGAAUUGCUUUUGAAGGAGGAGAACAGAAGCAGCAUCGGCGGGUUUUCUGCAAUAACCGGGAAAGGUUUAGCUCUGAGAUCAAAAGCAGCAAGUAGAACUAAUUUGUCAGGAGAUACCGAGACCGGUAAUUCGAAUCUCGUACCAGUCAAUUUGAUUAAUGCUCCUGUGGGAGACAGCUUCUCAAGCGUGAGGAAAUCGAUCAGCGCCUCUAGUCUGCAAGAACCGGACUGUAACAGCAACGGUUCAUCGCUGUGGCCAACCUCAAAGUGGACCUUGAAACCUGAAUUGCUCACACAAGCAGCCAUGGCAAGCUCUCUCUUUGACGGAUUGCCUUUGCCUUUAAAUGGUCGGAGAAACAAAAAGGCUGUGGACUAA